AUGGAUUUCCUGCUGCUCGGUCUCUGUCUAUACUGGCUGCUGAGGAGGCCCUCGGGGGUGGUCUUGUGUCUGCUGGGGGCCUGCUUUCAGAUGCUGCCCGCCGCCCCCAGCGGGUGCCCGCAGCUGUGCCGGUGCGAGGGGCGGCUGCUGUACUGCGAGGCGCUCAACCUCACCGAGGCGCCCCACAACCUGUCCGGCCUGCUGGGCUUGUCCCUGCGCUACAACAGCCUCUCGGAGCUGCGCGCCGGCCAGUUCACGGGGUUAAUGCAGCUCACGUGGCUCUAUCUGGAUCACAAUCACAUCUGCUCGGUGCAAGGGGACGCCUUUCAGAAACUGCGCCGAGUUAAGGAACUCACGCUGAGUUCCAACCAGAUUACCCAACUGGCCAACACCACCUUCCGGCCCAUGCCCAACCUGCGCAGCGUGGACCUCUCCUACAACAAGCUGCAGGCUCUGGCGCCCGACCUCUUCCACGGGCUGCGGAAGCUCACCACGCUGCACAUGCGGUCCAACGCCCUCCAGUUCGUGCCCGUGCGCAUCUUCCAGGACUGCCGCAGCCUCAAGUUUCUUGACAUCGGAUACAAUCAGCUCAAGAGCCUGGCGCGCAACUCUUUCGCGGGCUUGUUCAAGCUCACCGAGCUGCACCUGGAGCACAACGACUUGGUCAAGGUGAACUUCGCCCACUUCCCGCGCCUCAUUUCCCUGCACUCCCUCUGCCUGCGGAGGAAUAAGGUGGCCAUCGUGGUCAGCUCGCUGGACUGGGUUUGGAACCUGGAGAAGAUGGACCUGUCUGGGAACGAGAUCGAGUACAUGGAGCCCCAUGUGUUUGAGACCGUGCCGCACCUGCAGUCCCUGCAGCUGGACUCCAACCGCCUCACCUACGUCGAGCCCCGCAUCCUCAACUCCUGGAAGUCACUGACUAGCAUCACCCUGACCGGGAACCUCUGGGACUGCGGCCGCAACGUGUGCGCCCUGGCCUCGUGGCUCAGCAACUUCCAGGGGCGCUACGAUGGCAACUUGCAGUGCGCCAGCCCCGAGUACGCGCAGGGCGAGGACGUCCUGGACGCCGUGUACGCCUUCCAUCUGUGCGAGGAUGGGGCAGAGCCCACCAGCGACCACCUGCUCUCGGCCUUCACCAACCGCAGUGACCUGGGCCCCCCCGCCGGCUCCGCCACCACGCUCACUGACGGCGGGGAGGGGCAGCCCGACGGCACGCAGGAGCCGGCUACUGUGGCUCUCCCUGGCGGCGAACACGCGGAAAACGCCGUGCAGAUCCACAAGGUGGUCACCGGCACCAUGGCCCUCAUUUUCUCCUUCCUUAUCGUGGUCCUGGUGCUGUAUGUCUCCUGGAAGUGUUUCCCUGCUAGCCUCAGGCAGCUCAGACAGUGCUUUGUCACGCAGCGCAGGAAGCAAAAGCAGAAACAGACCAUGCAUCAGAUGGCUGCCAUGUCUGCCCAGGAAUACUACGUUGAUUACAAACCCAACCACAUCGAGGGGGCCCUGGUGAUCAUCAAUGAGUAUGGCUCCUGUACCUGCCACCAGCAGCCCGCGAGGGAAUGCGAGGUGUGA